AUGGCCAUUGAUACCAGUUUGUUUUGGGAUGAUGACGGCCGAGUCUACAUAAUAGGUGCUGCAGGCCCGCCUCCGCAAACCGAAGUCUGCCAGUUCGAGAUUGACCUCAAGACUGGCAAGAAACUCUCGGAGGAAAAGUUGCUCUGGGAGGGUGUCACCAAGGCUUACCCUGAGGGCCCCUACAUGUAUAAGAAAGACGGGUGGUAUUACCUUCUCAUCGCCGAAGGUGGCUGCUUUGCUGGUCGCCAUACCGUAAUGGCCCGGGCGCGGGAUAUCUGGGGAUCGUACGAGGUGAACCGGUUGAAUCUAGUACUGGGCAAGGCGAACCCGAAUGAUACACAGGCCACGGAGACCUUUUUCAAGGACCAUGUCAAUUAA